GCUUGUUUAAGCCUUCAAUAGGAGAUUUUUCCCUCCUUUUUUUUUUUAAUCUUUCUUGUAAAUCUGAUAUUCUGUAAUGGCAUCUUUUUGUUGGACAUUGCUAGUUAAAUAUUUUUUUAGGUUGCUUAUAUCUUUGUAUCCUGGUACUCUUAUCAUAACGGGAAAAGUAAGAAGCUUGCCAUAUGAUCCGACUCUGUCUUCGCUCAUCUGGUUAGGGUUUUGAAGGAAAAGCAACUUCUUUCCUACCCUUCCACCCUCCCCAAUCCCCUCGACCCAUCCCGAAUGCUGGGAAUUGUCCCGAUUGAUACCAAGAUAUGAAUGUUUCUUUUCCCAAAUCCCCAUUUUUCGUAAUUUUGAUCAUACGUAGCUGUUGCUAACCCUUUCUCUUGAUCUUCUCCAUUCUUCUUCUCCGAGAGUCAAGACUCGAAUGCUCUACAUUCUAUAGCAGUAGAGCUCCUUUGCGCAUUGCAUCCCUCAUUCUCAAGUAUUAGAAGCCAAUAUCUGGAUCAACGCCGAGACUCCUCGUUCCAUUAGAGGGGGGGCAGAGCUUUCACCCGGAAGGAGCUCGAAGAUCUCAAAUUACUUUUCGUCUCGCUUGCUGCCCAAUCCCAGAGCAACGGUUAAUACAUCCCUCCUGUUCUUAAGGUGUCCUUGAAGAAUGGAUCCUCCAGUAACGGAUUUAGGACCCAACAAGAAGAUUGAUGAAGAGCUGAAAGGCGAAGAUCCUUUGUUCCAUUGUGAUCUUGUUGAUUCAGAAGUUAUCCACAAAAUAGCACAAGCCAUUCUACCAGGAUUAGCCACAGCAUGUGUUGAUAACACAACUGGUGAUCCCUUCAGGAGCCCAGGUUCAGUGGCUGUUGAUAUGAGAAAGGAAAUGGUGGACUAUCUUACACUAAGAAGUGAAACACAUAUUGCAGAAACUGUUAUCGAAAAAAAUGAUCUAGAUGUAGAAACUUCUGACCACCCCACUGAUAUUAUUUCAGAUUUUAUUGAUGACUUUGCAAUUUCAAAGAGGAACCUCUUUAGUCGGGUUUCAGGAUGGCUACUAAGUGAAAGGAGGGAGGACAAGAUAGAUGAUUUUGUACAAGAGAUGGAAAUAAAUAGGUUUUGGUUGAUGGAUAGAAGGGAGGCCAUUGGUAAGAAUCUACUGAAGAAUGUUGACUUCAAAAAUUUAUUCCACUGCAAAAUGAAAUUUAAUACUGCAGAAGAACUUGCUGAGCAUAGCUCUGAGUGCAUAUUUAGGUCCACAAGAUGUACAAACGAUGGCUGUAGUUCUAAUUUUUGUGCAUUGCACUUGGGAAAGCAUGAUGCAGUUUGUCCCUACAAGGUCCUUCCAUGUGAGCAGAAGUGCUCAGAGAGCAUAGUAAGACGUGAGAUGGAUAGGCAUUGCAUAACCGUUUGCCCAAUGAAGCUUGUGAAUUGCCCUUUCCAUCUUGUGGGCUGUCAAUAUUCCAUUCCAUGUUGUCUCAUUGAUAAACAUUGUUCAGAGUUUCUUCAUUCUCAUCUGCUUUAUGUUCUCGAAACAAAUCAUAGAGAAGCACAUUGGGAGGAUCUUAGCCAUCGAGUGGAACUUCUGGAAAAGUCAUCAUCUCUUGAUCUGCUUUUAGAAGCUCGAGAUGUCAAAUCUCUAACCGUCGCUGUCAAGGAGCUUGAAGCAAAGAUUGGCCCAUCAGAAAGUGAAAUCUCCAAUAAGGAUACUGAGACUGCAAUGACUGUUGCUCAAGAAUCAAAUGAGACUUGACAGCUAAGUUCAUUCCCUUUAACAACUAGAGUUAUGAAAGCUAUAAUUUUUAAUUCCCCUCCCCCUCCCCUAUUUUAUGUCCCUUUCCCCAAAGUUUGGAGUUCUAGACUUCUGGUGAUCAGCGGGGCUUCUAGAGAAACUUCGAAUGGCAGCUGGUAUUUCAGUUUUCCAAUGAUUUCUUAAGCAACCCUGUUCACUUUGGAGCUUAUGCAUUCAAAGAUUAUAGGUCUAGAUUUUGUAAUGGAAAAAUGGUUCCUACACAUCCAUGGUGGGAAAACCUUUCCUUCAUGCUUACUAUUCUUUUGCCAUAUCAGAAUUCAGGAAACCAAGAAUUGUGAUUGCACCAUAAUACAUUGGCAUUUAUUUAUUUAUUUUUUUAUUAUAAAAUCUCUUGGGAGAUAUGAACCUACUCCAAUUCUAAAA